UAAACAAUAAAAGAAAUGUCAGAACAGGCUGACAUUGGAAAAUUAUUUUCCAAUAAAAAAUUAUUUCAAAUUACAUGCAUACACAAAAGCACACACGUAUCGAAAUGUUUACCUUUUGUAAUUGCAUUUACUCUUUCAAACAAAUUUAUCGGCGUACUCUUUGUUUUGAUAACUUUAGCGUCAGUUCGUGGACUUUGUGCAGUAUUCCUUCAACUCUGUAGUGAGAUACGUGUUGAGAAAAAGGAUAAAAUUCUAGUGAUAACAUUUGAUAAUCCGAAAAAGAGAAAUAGUCUAAACAGGAAAGCAUAUAAGGAACUCGGCUUAGUGUUGCGGGAAGUGGAUAAAGAUAACUCGGUGACAACUGUUGUUAUUACUGGCAAAGGUGAUUUUUUCACAUCUGGAAAUGAUUUGUCGCAAUCCGCCGAUGCUUUUUUGGACCUUGAAACGUUUAUUAAGGAGUCAAAUGUAAUUUUUAAAGAAAUGGUAAGCGCAUUAAUUGAUUGUACCAAACUGACAAUCGCUUUAAUUAAUGGUCCAUGUAUCGGCAUCGGAGCUACUUUAACAGCACUUUGUGAUAUAGUAUGGUGCUCAUCUACGGCAUACUUCUUAACACCAUUUACAAAAUUAGGUCUUGUAACUGAGGCAUGCUCUUCCUAUACUUUCCCUCUUAUAUUGGGCCGUAGUAAAGCGAAUGAAAUGCUGUUACUUUCAGAAAAAAUGACUGCACAAGAGGCCUAUAAUCAUAGUUUCGUUUCGAAAAUCUUUGAACCAGCUGAAUUGGAAACGAAUAUUUGGCCAAAGUUACGAGAGUUUUCCGAAUUACCACCGGAAUCAUUGCAAACGUCUAAAAGGCUCAUCCGUCAGCAUGAACGAGACACGAUAUAUAGGUCAUUGAAUGCGGAAUCAGAGGAACUUUACAAACGACUUUUGUCGGAGGAGUUUACUAAUGCUUUAGUUGCUUUUGCCAAUCGAAAAAAUAAAUCCAAAUUAUAACAUAAUAAUCAUAUAAAGAUAUCAAAACAUUUUUUUUAAAUUUUA